UACGGGCUCUGCGUGCGCGGAGAGCAGUAGACUCGGAUGGCCCCGCCGGGGCGGGUGCGGUCCCCCGGGCGGGGCGGGACUGUUAGAGCCAAAUGAGAAAAAUGUACGCGCCAGAGCCAGGCACACAGUGCGACGGGUGUCAGGCACUUCGUAAAUACCAGCAGACCUCCCUUUCGCUCAGUUCUGCAGAAACGGUCGGUCGCUGCUGUUGACUUGUCCUCAGGGCCAAGGAUAACAGGAUGAAGAGUAUUCGUGUCCCUGAGGGAGAGAGUGUGAGAUCUUCAAAGAAUACUGUAGGAAGAACACAUUCCACAAAAGAUAAAGCCGGCCCAAAGCGGAAGCCCACGGAUGUAUUUGAUUUUCCCGAUAAUUCUGUGAUCUCCAGCAUCAGCAGGCUGGGUGACAAUGAGAAAGACGAAGAACCUUACGAAAUCUUUGACCCUCCUUUACACAGCACCGCCAUAUAUGCUGAUGAAGAGCUCUCCAAACACUGCGCGUCUCCCGUGCCCUCCACGCCUCGAGGAGAAGAAGCGGAGCAAAGGUCAGACACUUAUGAAAUUGAAGCAGGUGAAAACGUGUCUAUAGAGAUGAAUGCAAAAAAGCCAGGAAGAAAAGUCAGGCCCAUUAGCGAUGACUCUGAAAGCACCGAAGAAGGUGAUAUAAGGAGAAAAGUUCAACUGGCAGAGAAAAUAAGGACACGACCACACAAACCUGUUCCAGAGACACCAUGUACAUCUUUGGAACUUCCAGAGAAACCAGCCAAGUCAGUCACUCCUAAAAAAAUUGGACCCCGUGGCGCCAAAUCGGUUGUUGCAAAAGAGAUGGUGACAGAGCCACGUCAGUCGGAAACUCAGAAAAAGAUGUUUUGUGGCAAAAGGAAGAAAUCAAGAAGUGAAGCCACAGACUCAGAUACUUCCGACUCUGUAAGUAUUUGGUGUCUGGAAGGAAAGAAAGCCAGUGACAUCACAGAGUUGGAUGUCGUUUUGUCUGCGUUUGAGAAAACCAUCCUAGAGUACAAACAAAAAGUAGAAUCUAAAAUUUGUAAGGAAGCCAUCAAAAAAUUUCAUUCUAAUAUGAAAGAAGAACUCAUCAAAAUGCUUAAAGAAGUCCAGGUGUCAAAAACUCUGAAACGGAAGAACACGAAGAUUAUUUCAGAUAUUGAAAAGAAAAGGCAGCGUUUGCUUGAACUCCAGGAUGAACUGCUUGGGUUAGACCCGCAGCUGAAACAACUACAAAUAAAAUAUGAUGAACUUAAGGAGAGAAGAGCUUCCCUGAGGAAUGCAGCGUGUUUCUUAUCGAACCUAAAACAGCUUCAUCAAGAUUAUUUGGAUAUUCAAGAGAAAGAACCUUAUGUAAAGGAAACGUAUGAUUCAUCCAGCCUUCCAGCUCUGUUACUCAAAGCGAGAACCCUUCUGGGAGCUGGAAACCACCUACAAAAUAUCAACCAUCAAUUAGAGAAGCUCCUGGACCAGAAAGACCGGUCUACUGGAACGUGACUCUACACAGACCAGUCCCCUGCUCCUGCUGUUGCCUCUGACACUGUCCUUUUGUAAAUAAACAUGGAGAAGUUAGACUUGUCUUGUA